AUGGCAAAAACAUCUAAUUUCUACACAUUAUGGGACUUUCUAGACUAUUGGAUCUUUAGCAAUGCUUGGGUACCAAUCCUAUUCAUAAUUUUCCUAGGAGUUACUUUUGAGAUAAUCCUCGUAAAGACUUGUGAAUUCCUUAAGAAGAAGCUUGAACUAUGGGAAAGGGGUAGUUCAGGUUCUCAGAAGCAACUGAUUGGUCUACUAAAGGAAAUUAUGAGAUUUGAAACCUUUUCAGGAAGAGUUGCAACUACUUCUCCAUCUGAAGAGAAUGGAGAUAACAGGAGAGAAAGAGCUUUUUCUUCACACGAUGACUGUGAAGUUCAAGAAAGCCAUUUUUGUGAAAGUCAUUCAUCUUCAGGUGGGACCAGUGCACCUUUGUCAAUGUUUCACUCAGAAGUAAAGAAAAUUCUCAUAAGCCACAAAAAAGAUCCACAAAGUAAAUAUCAAGCAAUACACUUUUCCUCUAGUAACUUAUUUUCAAUAAUGAAAACCAACAGUACAAAAAACUCACUUCCUGAUGAUAUUAAUUUUCGAAGCACUUUUCAAUUUAUAAGAGAUAAGGAUCUCAAUGUAACACCAUGCCCUCUUGUCCAUUUAUUUCUUUCUGGUGACCAAAUUAAACAAGUAGAAGAAAAUAUAAGAAGAAAAAUCCCUGUGAACCCCAAAGCUACGUUACUGAGGGAAGUUGAGUAUCUGCACCACAGAUUUCCGGAGCCAUUGAUUUAUAAUCUACAUUCUAAUCAAAUAUUUAUUCCUGCCAAAGCCCAAGAUACUUUCCAGGACCAAAAUGCCAUGCAAAAUCAAAUGAUUCAUGAAGCACACUUUACUAGACAAAACCAACAGUUUAUUUACAAACAAGAGUCAGUCAGAAGCCAGCAUGGUUUUGCUCAACCUAUAGAUUUUAUGAGAGUGCCAUUUUCUAGCAGCAUGCAAAACUCUUUCCAGGCUCAACAUAUAGAUCAGAAUGAUAAGAACCAACAUUUCAUCCACGUCCCAUGCAUUGUUGAAAUACAAGACUCAACCAAGGGCAUAAAGUCUGAUAAACAUUUAAGUGAAGCCCAAUAUUCUAUUUAUUUUAAUGACCCAAACAAGAGAAACUAUUUAGUUCAAGAGCAACAUAGUGAUUUCCAAACUGCUGAAUUGCUAUGUUUAAGUGCAAAUUCAUUUGCUGAAGCUGUGUCACAACAAAGCAUAAUGCCAGAAGCCCAGCAACUCAAGGCUUCACUGGAUUCAAGCCAGUAUUAUACACACAGUUCAAUGUCUCUUUCACCCACCGUUAAAAGACAAAGGAGAAAAAUACCAGACAACGAAAGAAAACUAAGUCUUAAACUUCCAUCUCUAAAAGCAAAGAAAAUGUCUUGUUCACGGGUAUUUCCAACCAUAGUAUGUCAUACUUCAGAAAAUAAGAUUGAGUUAAGAUGUAAGAAGAAGAAAAUAGUACAUCAAAGGAAAAUGUCAGAUAAAGCAUUGUAUCUUAUUUCCAAGCUAAUCUCUAAGCUCAUCACUCCCCGUGUUAAAAAGUAUUUCUUUAAAAACCUAGUGAUGGUCAUUCUAGACUUAGUAAAUUAUAAACAUUUUCUGCAGGAGCACGGUAGAUCACCAGAUACAAAAAAAAUCAAUUAUGCAAGUUCUACUGAUAGAGUAAGCUUGAGCAUUGCUAAAAACAUAGAACACUCAUCCAUGGUCAACACUAAUGAGAUGACAGCUCCUUGUUCAGUACUUGAAACAAAUGGAGAGAGGACUAGUGAUGACUCAGUUCAGCACACACUUGACCCGAACCUUCCAAAGCAUGAGGGGCUUUCUGAAAUGUUAUCCGAAUCUCUACAGAAAGAUGUUUCAUUUCCCCAAAUAGAAUCACACAGAAAAAUCAAAGUCCAGAAGGGCAUACAAACUAUAGAGAAUGUAGAUGAGUUAAUAGUCAAUACACCCAACACACAAAGGUGCUUUCCAGAAGAAAGAACACAGAAUGGCAAAAAUUCAAUGGAAAUUGCUCUGAGCUUUUCGGGUAUCAAUUUACUUAUUUCCCUAGGAUCCCAAAAGCAAGAGAAAAAUGAAUUAAAAGACAUAAAUGUUCAAGUGAUUACAGGUAGCAUAAAUCUAAAGGAAGAGAAACCACUGAUGAAUAAUAUUACAGAAUAUGAUAAACAAGCUGACAGUGAAAAGCUAGAAUGCAACACUACAAGCAAUAAAAAAAAUAAACAUCAAUAUGACAGGAUGUCAGAUACCUCUCAUAAUGCUAUGCAGGCUACCAUUUCUGAACCCUUUGGUAUGGAAAUAUAUAGCAAAUUAAAAACCAAGUCAGACACACCAGUAAUAAAUUCUAGUCACUCUGCACUACAAGAGAAACUACUAGAUGAAAAGAAAAUUCAGGAACUAAAGCAUAUUGAUGAGAGCUCCAUAUUUAGAAAGCCACAAGAGUUUGACAGAGAUAAAGAAGGAAAAAGUAGAGAAAUAGUUCCACCACUGGCAGAAGACUUGAGAGUCAUUGUGUGUCUCAAACAAAAGGUUGAAAAUGUUCAAUGUGAAAUGGGACAGAUACAUUCAGAAAAUAGAACAAUUCAAAGUGAAGAGAAAGAAGUACAGUCACAGAGUAUUUCUACACAGACAGUAUGGAAGACUAGCUCAUGUCCUUCAAGAGAUCCACUACAAGUUGAGAAAGUGUGGCGAAGGACAGACAAACCUCCAGACAGAGAAGAGGCCGCAGGUCCCACACACCCACCUUCAAUGCCAGAGAACUUGCCCACUAGUGAAUGUUUAAUUGAAACGACAGAAUGUGGCAUUCCAUUUAAUGGAAAGUCCACAAAGACAUUGGAUGGUCACAUUACAGAAGACCAAGAAGAUUGGAAAAAAGACUUAUGUGCAGUUGCCACAAGACCUUUCAAAACCAGAAAAAAAUCAUUAGGAACAAAAAAUGUACUCGGUGUCAAACAUGAAAUUAUAAAAGUGAAGAAACCUGCAUUUUCCCAGAGAUUUUGUAUUAGGGCAUAUGACCCUCUGAUCCAUAGGAGAAAAGUAGAAGAAAAAGAAGCUGAAGAUACUCUAGAAGUUCAAUCGUGCCAUGGUGUGAAAGUGGUGAAGCAGGCACUGCGGGCGAGAGGGGCUCACAAUAAGAGGAGCUUCAGAUGCAAUGCACAGCCAAUGAAGGAGAUUAAAAUGGAGAAAGAAAUGUUUCAAGCAGAAUCUUUCACAGACACAAUUGAGAAGCCAGCUGACUCAAUAAGAAUGGAUUCAUUUCAUGUUGCAAAUAUAAAGAACAACACAUCUACACAAGCAGAGCUCCUAAAUUCUGCAGAAUUACAGUUGGUUUCUCCAACAUCAGAAAAAUUACUGAUGGGAACCUCUCUGAGCCAAACAAGAGAAAGCAAUGUUCCAAAUAAUGGAAAUGAUACAAGGGAAAUUAGAUGUGGUUUUACCCAAAAAGCCCAGACAAAAUUCACAAAUAUAAGUAUAGUGAGGCUGAAGUAUAUGAAUAAGGUGAAACCACCAGCUUCAAAACCAUUCAAUAUCAGAGGCAAUAAAAAGAAGUCAAAAUUAGACUUCAAGGCUAAAUUUAAAAAGAUAAGCCAAGCUAAAGCAUUUUUACCUGAAUAUCAAAACACUAUUUGCGCAGCCAUCGAUAGCAGAAGGCAGGGGCUAUUCCAUCAUGCUCCACUAAAGCAAGGAGAACUAGCAAGCAAACUAUGUGUUGCUUGCACUGCUGAAAGUAGUGCAUUCUACAAUAAAGAGAAGAAACCUGAAAGAGGGAAACAAAACCCCUUUUUACAGGUAUUUCAGACUGGCCAACACCUGUGGGUUGAUGUAGAUCAAAGGAAGGAAACUCUCCCAGACCUAUCACCUUCCUCUACAAGUCAAGAACAACCUGUUAACAGUCAAAGUAUAAAAGUCCAAAAAGAUUCCCUGCAAAAUGCUUUAAAGGAUAACCUCCAAAUGGAUCCCCUAGAAGCUGAAGAAUUACAGAAAACUACCAAAACAGAAAAUGCUUUAACCUUCCCUGUGGUUCCUAAAAGUUUAUUUCCUAAAGUAGGGACCUCUUCGCCUGGUGAGUUUGCAAACACGAUAGAUGAUGAUUUAGAAUUUAACAAAAUCUCUGAAAGUGAACUAGGUUUGUAUCCUGUAGUAAACGACUCAGAGACAUCAACAUAUCUGCAGAUGACAUUCCUGCAGUCGUCUGACUCCGUUAAAAAGUCCUUUGUUUCUAGACCUAAAGGAAAGAGAAACACACUAAGAUCAAAGAAGCAGACACCAGUGAGUCGGAGACAACGGAAAACUAUGAGUGAAACAAAACUACCACAGAUAGUUAACUUCAGGUACAGCAAAAACCUAAAAUGUAACAAAGAAAUUAAAGGUCCACAGCAAAGGGCUAACAUAGCAGAUGCCUGUUUGGACAUUGUUCCUUCCAAGGUACAUAUUUUGCCCAACAAAAAAAUUAGAAGCUCCAAAUCAUGGACAGAAAAACAGAGAACUAGAAGACUUGGUCGUUUGCAACUAAUGCAAGAGAAGUCACCAAAUGGAAGAAAUAGUUUCUCUAGCAUGAAGAACUAUGAAGGAGAGAGGAAAGAGAAACCAGAAGAAUUCCUGAUCUCAAAAAAUAGCCCUUGCUUUAUAUUUGGUAUGAAUCAAGAAAAAGACCACAAUCUUGUUAGAUCAGACAAACAACUGAACCAACAAUGGAGAACCACCACUCGGGUACGACCACAAACACUCGGAGUGGCUAGUUUGUGUUCUGCAACAUGUCCCGACUCUGAUGAAUUUCAAUUAGAAAGGCUAGAGGCCUAUUUCAGUGUUUCCCCUUUAAAGUUUGGGAAAGCCAAGGACAAUGCAUUAUCUGAAAAAGAAUGUGAUCUAUUUCAUGAAAGACAACACAUUGAACACACUGGUGACAGUGAAAAGGAGGCAAAGGAACUAUCAGUCUCAUACAUUAAUCCAAGCCAUCGUGGGGAAAUGAAAUGUUACUCAACCAAAAUGAAACACACAUAUCAGGAGAAAAAAAUGUCGGAUGAAACUUCCUCUUCAAAAAAUGCUGCACCUGAUAUUAAUAUGAGCAGCAAGAUAGAAAACGGCUUACUGAGUGAAAAAACACCCUGUUUCAUGCAAAUGAAGUCAGAGAUACUGUGUCAUAAAGGGAAGGUUACUUCAGAUGAUAUCAAAGAAAUUGAUAUUCAAGAUAAAGAAGAAAAGCAAAAUGAUGGUGACACAGUAUCAGUGUCACUUCCACAGCAGAGCCAACAUUUUGUAUUUUAUUCACAUCCAAGCAGGGAUCCUCACUCUCAUAAAGUAGUGGAACAAAGAGGGAGGGACAUUCUGUUCGUUGUGGAACAAGAUGUCCCACAGCAGAGUCAGUCAGCAGAUAAAACGCAAGGACAGUAUGAUAUUUAUACAUCAAUUUCAAAGCCUCAUUCCCUAAAAUCAGAAGAAUCACAAAUAGAUGCAGUUAAGACUGUUAGAACAAAAUAUCACAGUCCAGCUGAUGGAACUCUGGCACAGGAAUUGAACUGUUGGGAUGGAUUGGAUAGAGAUGAGCUUGAAAAUGAUCUACAAGCAACCAUCUCAGAGUCUUUGAAUCUCUCAACUCUUGAGGUACCAAGAUCUAAAAGACAGAGCAAGGUGUUUACAUACAAAGCCUUACAAAGUAAAAUGUCUUCAGCUGGUGUAACUAUGAAAGGAAGGAGAGCAUUUGUUUCAAAGGUAUUAACUAUUCCACAGUGCGGUCAUAGAAAAAAUCUACUUCGAAAAACCUUGAAAUCACAGAUUUCUGAAUUAUUAGUACAUUCUGGUGUCUUACCUGAUAGCCUUAAUAUCAUAUUGGAAGACCCAACAUCGGAGCAAAAUAAAAGAUUAACAGGGAAAUUGACAGCAAUGAUGUUAGAGACUUUGGGUUUGUCCACACCUACAUGUAAAGAAAGUAAGAAAUUAAAAUUCAUGGACAAGGGAGAUGAAAUGAAUAGCAAUUAUCUAACUGUUAAAGCAAGUAACGCAGCAAUCUCUCAGACACAUAUUACUGCAGGAUGUGGAACACCAAAACAACUUAAACCUGUGGCAGUUUCAGCCCUAAAUGCUAGCUUCUCUUCUAUGCCUAUGUCUCUUGAUGUUAGCACGUGUAAUGGACUAAAAAAUAGGGAUAUAAUGUGGACAACAAGAUUUAGUCAUGAACUUCAUAACCAGUCAGUACAUGAAGAGAGAUCUUGUCAUGCACACCCCACUGACAAGGAUGCUACUUCAAAUGGCACCAAAGCUAUAAAAGGUCAAGGUGAAAAAGGAAACUCACUGAGUUCCCAGCACUUCAAUUUCACUUCUCAGAGUAUGGCAGGGCCUAAUUCUGUGAAAUCUGGUUUAAAGCUGAUUAAUUCAGCAACAUGUUUUGAGUUAGAGAGAGCUCUAUAUGAUGGGCAAGCACAGCCGGUCAAUGUAAAUAGCCAACAAAGCAGCAUGGUGAGUGGAAUGUUGCAACUUCUAAAUACAGAGGAACUUGAGAUUGGCUCCAUACCACGCAACAACACCUGGGAUAGAAAUCCCAGGAGAAAGGGUGACUACCCCAUGUCUAAACAAAAAGCAUGGGCUCAAAAGAACUUGAGAACUUUGAAACUUUUACAGAAACCCAGCCUUAUGUCAACUGAAAAGAAAAGUGAGAACUGCACACUAGAGUUUCCAAGCAAAAGAAUGUUGAGUCCCACAACAAAACAAGAUUCAAAGUUGCUUAAUAUUGCAAGGCAGAACACGGGAAUCCAUAGAAAGAAAAGGUCCCAUAAUAGUAAACAGCAGUUGAGAAAGACCGUGCAUGUGGAAGAGGCACUGACUAGUGCUACUGAAGAUGUUGAGAUUUGUCCACUCAAAUUCAUAACUGAUGAACUGUUACUUGAUACAGCAGAAAGGACUGCUUUCUAUAGCAGAAUACCUCAAAGAUCUAUGGCAGAGGAAAAGCCAAAGUUACAAGCAAACUUAGCCACAACUUCCUUGGGACCUGACACUUUUUUCAUACCUGUUUUAUUGGACUUUAAAAGCCAGGUAAACACGAUCAAAUUACGAGAAAACAAGAGUGUGUUGAAUCAGAGAUUUUCAACUACGAAAAAAAAGAAGCCAUCCGUUUCAAAGAUAAUUAAAAUAAAUAAAUACUUUAUUACAAACCAUAAGAAGGAUAAAUUAAGAGCCAAGAUGAGAGCCAUACAACUCGGUGAAAACCUAGCUGAUGAACUUCAAAACUCUGUUCACUUCAUGUCAACUACCUCUAACAGAAAAAAUAAACUCAAAGCAGAGGUAGGUUUGGGAAUGUCAAAGUUUACUCAGACAAUGUCAACACAUGGGGAGUUGUCGGUUGAAGGCAUCAUUGAAGACGAUGGUUCUGCUGACAAAGAUGGUUUCACCAUGCAAGUAAGCCUGGAAAAUUCACUUUCAAAUGUGAGGAAAUCACACAGUUGCUUAGAAAUCUGUGAGCCGCUCAGUAACACUACCAAACUUGGCAAAAACAAAAGUGACCAGUCUGUUUUAAAAGAAAAGUCUCCAUCUUAUUUGACAGAAAUUGUCACUUCUAUUGCCAGGAGUUUAUUGACUUCCAAAGAAUUUAAAAAACAAGCUGGUAGCAUGAGAGUGCCUAAGCUGUUAGCUCACAAAGGUGUACCUUCCCAGACAAUGAAGUCCACAGAAUCACAGUCACCUCAGGUAGAAUUUGAGACACAGGACUUUAGAACCCCAGAGAUAAAAGUAAAUAAUGAUGAGAUAAACACAGACAUAAAAUUCAUCUACCCACGUAUACCAGUACAACAUAUAAAAACAGAGUUAUCACAUAAAAUACGGGAUAUGUAUAGAAAAUCUGCAAAAGGAAAUUGCUUGGACAAAGCAAUAGAGAAGAGGAAAGAGGAGUUUGGACAGCCGAUUUUGUUUAAAAUAGCUUCACAGAGAGGACAGACAUUUGAAGCAGAUCAAAAGAGACAACCUGAUCCUUUCAAACCAGAAGUCUUUUCAGCUAACAUGGUGUACCCCAAGGACACCGUGUUUCAGAAAAAAACUAUUUAUUUAAUAGAUCAAGCAGGAACCACAAAGGCUGGAGAAGAGUUUAGCCAAGACAGCGUCCUUGCUUGUAAUGCACAUUCUCUUCACAUUGAAAAGCAGAAAAACGAAUUUCAAACAGGCUGGGAAACAACAUCCUCAUCUUUUGCCCUGCUCAAGAAACAGGAAAAGCGUACUAUCCUAGGACCUAUGUGGAGGUCUUAUGCCAGCGACCGUGCCUAUCUUGAAACUCUAAGACGAAAAAAUAAGGCAAAAAUAUCGAAUGUGAAAAGUGCUAUGUGUGCCAAAAAACUAAAGCUGAAGGCAAAGACAACGCCAGUUUCUCUCUUUCUUGGACCUGGGGGCAGAAGCGAUAAAAAAGAACCAGGACAUAGCAUGCAGCAUCAGAGCACAUUAGAGCUGAAGAGAAAUAUACAAAACCUGCUUCUAAAAGCUAAUUCUGACCCUGGGUGCAUUAUAACUCCAGUUAAAAAGCUUACCAGUGUAAAACUGGAGAAAGGCAAGCUGGAGGAGACAAAGGACAUCCUUCCACAGAUAAUUCUGAAGAAGCCAUCUAACCAAAGGCAAAUGUCAUGGUCAGGAAGUGUUGAUGUAUCUAGAAAACUAGCAGAAAAUAUUAAGGAGGCACAUGACCAUAGCUCUUUCAAGGACAUUCGCCAGCAAUUUUGGGUUAAGUCAGAACACUCUUCCAAAACUUCUGGUUUACAAAGAAGAAUGAGCUCUGAGUUAACUUCACAGAAAGUGGAAACUGAUAGUCUUGGACCAGAUAACUCAAGAACUAGAAGAACAAAAAUCUACAGUGUCCCACAAGUCAGCCUACAACAUGAACAUCCCCUGAAGAAAGGGACAUGGGGACCAGGAAUGGUUAUCCAGCCUGUGAAACAGUUUUCUCCUUUCAGAAUGGCAAAUGAAUUCAUAAUGAAACAAGACAUCAAACCAUCAAGCCCACAGAGGUUAGGAAGCCUGAAAAUAAUGGAUAAGCCAUUAGAUUCGAAGGAACCGUUGGUUACUCCCAGGCUUAUGGUACAGCAACAAAAUUCUCUUCUGGGAUCCAUUUCCUCUCAUGUGCCACAUCAGCCUCAUACUGAAGAGCCAAAGGAAGAUAUAAAAAUGAGUAACAAAAUCUUAAAGAAUUUGACCCAACAGCUGAAGAAAAUCUCAAAUGAAGAAAUUAUUUCCGAUAUGGAUCACAUGUCAAGAAGUAUUGAAAAACUACUCUUGCUUAUUAAAGAACAGGAAAAGAGAAGAAAAAAAAGUAGAGGGGGUAAAAAAGUUGAAGUAGCAGAAGACAUAAAAACAACAGUUAGGAAGUCCAUUCCAUUUCUAAAUUAUUCACCAUCAAGAACACAAUUGAUCGAUACAAUAAAGAGCAGUGGUAUGUUCAUGCAAAGAUAUGGGACAGAGCCAACCGGGAGAAUGGGCACAUUGUGGAGAGAGCAAAGGCUGUGUGUACAAGGGAUCAGCCUAGACUAUGUUUAUACAGAUGAGCUUACUUCCAAAGUUAUACGUCAAAACAGAAGAAGAACAGCAUCCACAGAAAAUGUUCUGUAUCAAAAAAGGAUAAAUAUGAAGGUGAGGAAGACAACUUCUGGAAGGCUGUUUAACAUUACAGGAUAUAGAACCCUUAGCUUCAGAAAGGAACUAAGAGAUAGCAUGAAGACACAGAAGGAGCUGCCACCACAAAAAAUGGUGGCAGAUUUACUUUGGAAGGAGUUGUGUGCUUCUGGCUACAUUGCAUCUCAAAUAAAAAAACUUAGGGAAGUAAGAUCACAAAAGCCAUAUAUUCCUCCACACAUGUCGCUGAAGAAAACGAAUAAAAAUAAAAGGUUAUCUGAUAACAAUUCAAUAUCAAGCACUGUUAGAAAAUCAUCACAAUAUACUAUAAGGCACAAAGAACACCAAAUGUUUUUACUAGAUAUGAUCCCUCAAAAUAAAGAUCCAUUACUGACUGGCCAACAGGUGAAGGAGCUUAGACAUACCAACUUCAAUUCCCAUUUGGAACAAGAAGCAUACCGUGUUGUUUUUCCAGAGCCUGGAGAAACGGAUUACAGUGGAUUUGAGGUUCAAAGACACAGAAAAGUUACAGAUCUUGAAUUCCCCACUGCACAAAGCAUAAAGCAAGGAGUUUUGAAAGACUCCAUCAAACAUGCACUUUCAAUUCCACCCAGAAGAGGAGGGCCCAAAAAAACAAAUACUUCAAGUUCCAAAGAGCAUGACAUAUUUCUCAUGAAGCAGGAUACUUUCCAGAAAAAGACAUGUGCGGUGCAAGAACUCCUUAAACAAAGCACUUCCAAGGUAGGCUUGGGGUCUGUUGUCUGUCCAGUUAAGGAGUCCUUUGACUCAGAAAACACUAAGGCACCUAAGAAAGUGGGUAUGUAUCAUAGCAUAAAAAAUAUUUCCCAUCUCUCUGGAAGAGAAGGAUUAAGAGAAAAUGACACAAAAUUAGGUUCCAAAGCACAGGCAUCUCUCAGUACAGAUCUAGAGGAUCUACAAAAAACAGGUACAGCACAGAGACACUAUACAAAGUCCACUCAGAAUCCUAGAGUCACUCUGAAUUCUGUGCAUUGCCACAAGAGGGAGCCUUUCUACUUAAAACCAACCUUGAGUACAACAAUGAAGGACAGUAGUGUAGGGCCCAAAAGGGAUCUCAAGGGAAAAGAAAAGGCAGAACCAGCCGACAGUCUAUUAAAAUUAAUCAGACAGAAAGUGAACAGUUCCAAAAAAUUGAGGCCAAAAUAUUUGACCAUUUUUAUCCAGAACAAAGAACAAAUUCUGGAAUUUUUUUUAUCGUGUAUAUUAAUUAAACUUCAGACUGCAAAUACACAGAAACAAAUCUUAGCAAAAGCAGCUCUACAUUCAAAACUUUUUAAGCCAGUGGUAGAAAAAGCAUUCAGUGAUGUAAACAGUCUAGGAGAUCAGUCUUCAAGUUCAGAAGGAGUUAGCCUGCAUACUAAACGAGGAAAAGACUGCCCAAAAAAUGCAUGCAAGGCUUUCCCAAUGUCUAAUACUCAAUCUUUGAUGGACAUACAUAGGAUUACACCACCACAGGUAAAGAAAGCACUAAAAACAGUAGGUAAUUUGGAUUAUCGCACUUUAAAUACAGAAAAUGGAGAACAGAAAAGAAGGAUAAAAGAAUUAAAUCAGCACCACCUGUCAUUUUCCCUCAAGAAUCUGGAGGAACAAAUAUUUUACUCCCCAAAUUGUUCUUAUGUCCAGUCCCAUUUAGAGCCUCAAACAAAGGAAGCACUGUCAGAAGUAGGCAACAUGUCAAGCAGGACAAAGGAGCUACCUUUGUCACCUAAAGAUCAAAUAAGUACUGUGUGUGAAUGUAAACCAGAGUGGAUUUCCCCCUCAGUUAUUUCAGAGCAAACAAAAAAAGAAGAUAAGGUGUUGCUUUUGGAGUCCAGCAGUAAAACUUUAAAAUGCCCAAGCCUUUUGUUGUCGAAAAGAAAGCAACCAUCUGGUGGAUUACAGAUAAGUGACUCCAUGCUAAAUGAGAGCUCACCCAAGCUAAGAAUCAGCGAAAAGGAACUGUUAUCACAUAAAACAAUCAAAAAGAAGCAAGAGGAGCUCUAUCUGCCGGAGCUGUUCUUGCAUUGCCUUUCAUUAUAUGUGCAGUUUUUGCAUGAAAAUGAAAAACUGAAGGGUAACAUAGAAUACGGGGUUAUGAAAGAUAUAAUAUGCCUUGAAAGAAAAGCCAUAAACUUGGAGAGGUUAGAACUUGCACCUAGUAGGUCCACUGACUCUGCUCAAAGCAAUAAAGCAGAACCACAGUGUUACAAAAAGGAGAAAACGAUAUACAUGAAGCAGAGAAACGAUAAACCAGGUUCGAUUGUAAUAAAAGUGUGCGAACCCAUCCCUUUACCUCAUUUCAAGCUGGAUAAAGAAAAAGUUGAUGUUAUCAUCUCAAGUAAUCUAAGACAAGAAAAAUGUAAAUCACAGGAAGAGGAGACUGGCAUAAAAGAAAUGAAGAUGGAUGAAAUAAUAGGUUCUAGUAUUACCUUAAAGACAAAGGACUCAACACUGUCUUAUUCGUGUAGUGGAAAGAAAUUAACUUUAUACUUCGACACUACAAAACAAGACAAAGUACAAGAAAAGUUAAGUAAAUCAGACAUGAAAGCAACAAAAUCUUUUAUUUCAUUACCAUGUCUAUCACAUCCUAAUUUAAAUUCAAGAAUAAAAGUAGGAAAAGAUAAGUCAGGGCUACUAAAGGAUUGCCUUCCACCACUAAAGUCCCGGCCAUCACUGGGAGGCAGAAAAGUUCCAUUUUCAAAUCCAUUUAACAGAGAUAAUGCAUGUGGCUUAAUAGAAUUAAAUUAUCUUCCACAGAAGAAAGAAUAUAAGAAUAAUAUACCACAUUUGAAAGAUAUAGUAGAUCUCAAACAUAUUGCUCAAAAGGAGAAGAAGCCACCUCUUAAACAUUUGUUACAUGGAAAGAAACUAUGGUGGCACAAUAAAAUACAAAAAUUUAUCCAGGGCAACAAAAAUAAUCUAGAUGUAGUUCAGAAUAAACCUUGGGAUUCUCUUCCUUCACAUUUUCUGGAAUGGGAUCUUAAAACAAAAGAGGCAUACUUAAAAAGAAUAACGAAGUUCUGCCUUGGAUCACCAGGAGUGUUAGAAUUGUCAGGUGCAAUAGGAAUGUACCAGGAGCUAACUGAUGGUCUUUUAAGCAGUACUGAAAAAGCAAAUCAUAUGCCACUGAAAAAGAGAUUGCAGACAGAGUCGAAGGAAGUGACACACUCAAGCAGACUAUCUUUGAGACAGAAAAUGUCUUCAGAACCACAGGAGUUACAAUUUAAUAUUGAAGAAAAGGAAAAAAAGAUACAUGAAGAUAAAAAAAUGAAGAAUUGGAAUAAACCUUCCAUAUAUCCUCUUUCUUACUCUCAAGUGGACACAGGAGUAAGUGGAGAGGAAGCUAUGCAAAUAAGAACCCAAUCCUCUCGUCAUGGCUCAAAGCUCCAAACACCAUCAGAUAUAGGGAAGAUUGUUUAUAAAAAGUCUACUUUUGAACCUGUCUUGAACAGUGUAAAAUGUCCCUUGGAAUCUGUAAUCCAGAAAGAAGAGAGUACAAAAACAGAAAAAAACAUACAUUUGAAAGAAAACCAAUCAGUUUCACAGAAAAUUCAGUUAGACGUCAAAGAGAUAGGAAAAGAUGCAGUUGUAACCAAUCCCAGCACAUGGACACAGACAGAUGUAAAUGAAAACUUGGAACAUUUGCAGGAAAGAAAAUGCAAACUAGGUGAGAGUUUAGCCUUGGCAUCUUUACCUCAUAGUAAGUUGGACAUAGAAAUAAAAGGCAAGGAAAAAACAUGCAUAAAAAUAGGACCAUGUUCUCUGCACUCACAGAGUAUAGAAUCUUCAGAUGCAGAAAAACUAUAUUUUGCAGCAUCUUCUUUGAAUGAUAUCGUAAGUGAUCCAAAAAGAUCAAGAUGCUUGUCAUAUAUAGAAGGGGAUGGAGUGAAUGUAUUUGAAAGAAUCUCAAUGCAUCCCACAGCCAAACAUGUGAACUGGAAGAAAUCACCCCUUUCAUGUGUACCCCAAAUAAAGAGAUUUAAAGUGGAUCUUGAAGAGCAAAGUAAAAAGAAGCAUGAAAGUAGUAGGGAAAAAGUCAUGCUUCUGAGAGAAACAUGUUCUGUCAUCACUUCUUCAGAUGUCUUUAAAUUAGAUAUAUCAGAGGAAGUUGAAACAGAAACAAUGCAAAGCCAUGUGCUCUACCCUGUGCUACAAAAAUCAUUGCCUGUAGGACAAGUAGGAUCUACAAAGACCAUUGAUAACAAUUUUACAAAAAGAAAACUACAUCCACCAUGGGAAGAGGAAGUACAAACCUCAGCCAUUGAGAAUUUGACAUACCUCAGAGGCCCAAUUUCCAUGACAAAGAUAUCUGCACCUCCUUGUGUGUCCAGUGUCAAGAAACACAGAACCUUGAGCAAGAAAACUCAUCAGUGGAAUAGUAAUGGAAAAACAGGAGAAAAACAAGAAAGAACAAGACACCAUAAUGUAGUUGCAACAAAACGUGAUGCUUAUAUGUCAUUGCUUACAACAGGGCAAAUAGCAUCCACAAAGCACAUUUCUAAAUGUUCUAAAAGAAAAAUUCUGCUCCCAGAACAGGAAGAAGUACAAACCCCAACCACAGAUGGUUCAACAUACUCUAGUGAUAUAGUUUUAAAGGCAAAGAUAUCUGCACCUAUUCAUGUGUUCAGUCUCAGCGAGCAUAGUACCCCAAGAAAGAGGAAGACUCCCCAUGGGAAAAUUAAAAAAAAGAUAAGACAGAAACAGGAAAAAGCAAGAAAGUUUAAUAUGUGUGUAAUAAAGACUGAUUCUUCUAUGCCUUCUAGAGCGAGUAAAAAGAAAGAUAUACUUGGAAAAAUACAAUUUUCUCUUCCACCAUCAAAGGUUAAAGAUGCAUCAGACUCACACAAAACAACAUACAUAAAAUCAUCAGGUUAUGUGUUAAAAAACAUAAAAAAACCAACACAGGAAGAAGGAAGGAAUAGAUUCAGAAAAGACGUGAAAGAUGAAAAGAUCCCUAAAUCAAUAGAUCAAAAGGUAAAAAAGCUACCACAAUCAUGUACACUCACUAUGAAAGAGUUGCAGAGCAAAACCGAGGGAGAAAAACUUUCAGAUCUGGCAAGGACAGUUCUAAAACUGUGCACCUCACAAUUGCAACUCAAUAAAUUUUUAGAUUCACAGAUAGCUGAUAGAAAAGUUUACAGUGAAAUUAAAUUACUGAAAGAACAUGUGCCACAGAAAGAAAAGGUGGGUAAAAAAAAGCAUGUAGGUGUGAACAGUAUUGUAGUGCAUCCCAAGAAUAUACAUUUGAAGACAAAGAGCUCGCCUAUUUUACCUAUGCAGAAUUUGAGUGACUUUCAGUGGAAAACUAGAAAGCAGGGAGGAAAGGUCAAUGAAGAUAGAAGUGAUUCACAAAGAACACUAACUAAGAAGCCGACUGCUACAUCUCCCCAGCCUAUUAGUGGGAAUACAAGAAUCAAAGAAUCAUAUGUAUCAAUGUUAACAAGACCCCCUGUUUCAAUGGGAUACUUUCAGAAAUCAAAAGAUUCUGAAGAAGGCAUUUACAUUCAGUCCAUUACUGGAAGUUCUUCAAUUAGUCUACACAGUGAAAAACAUAUGUCAGAGGAAAAGGAAGAAGCUGGAAUGCAAAUAGCAAAGCCCGUAACUCAUAAAUAUCAACAAGCAAAGGUGCAGAAACUUAAAGAUGAACAAGGCUUGGUUUUGAUUAAGUCUCCUUUAUUACUAGAUUUGCCUCAUCCCCAACUGUGUGAGAAAACAGAAUUCAGUACCAGAAAGCUAAGACUUACAAAUCCUGCUUUGCAGAGUAUAGCAACUGAAGGAAAAACAGAACCGAGGGAGGUAGGGAUCACUGUCGGUGGGACCAUGAAAGAUGCUAAAAAGCAUCAGAUGCCCCAGAGAGAAGAUACAUAUAGAAAAGAAAUAAUAGAAAUAAUAGACAGGAGAGGCACAGAUGUAACUUUGAAAUCACGAAAAUCUCUUCUGUCCCAGAAGCUCCACAGAUCAGAACUUCACAUGAACAUUAAAGCCCCCAAACCAAAGAAGCAUGAUGACGAGAGCGAGUCUCGAGUUUUGAGGAAAAUGUAUACUUCCAAAGCCUCUCUAACCAGUAUCACACGGUGUAAAAGUGUACAAGUAGCUGAAGUAAAUAAUCUUCUGGAUGGUUUAGAAAGCAAGCCAUCUUCUCCACUCCCACAAAUUGUUACAGCAUUAUCAGAUAUGAAAAAAAUGACACACAAAGAGGACAUGUGUACUGAUGUCAGAAAAGGAAAACAAUAUUCAAAACAGAUAGAAAAAACAGUAGACUUGACAGUUGAGAUGCCUUUCAAAAAGGCAAAGGUCUCACCAAUUUCACUUCUUCUUAAUACAAACAAAUUUGUCCUGAAUAUGAAGGUUCUGGAGAAAAAAGUACAUGAAAAUAAAAGUGAACUCACUACUGUUGCAUCACGGACUUUCUUUUCCAUACCAUCACCAGAUUCUAGAUAUUCACAGGACAAAACACAGAAAGACGCAGCAGGAUUUACAAAAUCCCCUCAUCCACAAGAAAAUUUCCAAGAAAUUGCCCAGGACACAGCAACCAGCGAGUUAGCUGAGAUUGAUUAUAAGUGUAUUGUUAAGGCAACCGAACACAAUGUGCUACUGCAGCAAAACAGGUCACAGACGUCAAAGUGUGUGACCAGUGCCCUGCGACUACGUCAACAUCCACAUAUUAAAUCAGAACGUAAGCCAACCUUUCCACAUCAUAAAAUCGAUUUCACAAGGUUAGGUAUCAUAAUAGGGGAAAAAGUGCUGGACAUGUCCUUCAAAUGGCAAAAGGAUCAGCUAGGAAAAUAUAAAAAAGAAUCUUUAACUAAAAAUUUAAAUUGGAAGAAGGAAAAUGAAAUCAAAGAUAAUUUAAGUUAUAAAGCCAAGUUUUCAGUUUCUCCAAUCUUUUCUUUAGAAAAGAUACCACUUAAAAAAUUAAGCAGUGUCCAUUUGAGUAAAUCUCAAGGUAAGGGAGACCAAAGUGUGACGAUGAUAGAGCAAGCCAAGACUGCAGCCAAAGGCAGCCAGCAGGGAAAGCCAAAAGCUUUCCCUUUUCUGAAUGUUCCAGUUCCCAACAGAAAUCAAGUAAAUGUGGAUAGAAAACCUGUAGUGAAUAUCAGUCCACAAACACAGUCAAGGGUACACAUGAGUAAUAAGGCAGUUUGUGACAAAAGAAGGAAAGAAGGUCCACCUUUGACUGUUCCUGCAAAAAAAAACCUUCAAGGACAAAAAUUGCUUCAAACAAAUAAUCUCAAUUCAUUGUAUGCCUGUGUUCCUAUUUGUCCUAAAAGCCAGAAAAACAGAUUCACAGUAACAAAUCUGAAAAGAGAACUGAGACCCAAAUAUUCAACUAUGAGAAUCCCAAAGUACCCAAUUUCAAAGAUACUUGGCAGUCCGAGCAGGAAGAGGAAGUUGGAAUAUGCCUUCAACAAACCAAAAACCGUGGUUCCAAGGAGUAAUGAUUUCCCUUCAGAAAUCAUUAUCAGAAGUCUUUCUGUUUCCAUGAUAAAUCCCAAUGAAAGAAUAGUUGAAUCAAAACCAAAUUCCAGAAGGGAAUUCCAGGAGAAAUUGCCAGAUGCUAGUAAAAUUAAGGAUAUCUUAAUACAUAGAAACUCAUUUGACACUGGGGAAGCUGCUCCAGGAACUGUGCACAUAUUUCCUGAUAAAAACAAUGAAAACAAAGCACUUGCAGAGCAUUUGUUUCCCAUUUAUAAAAUUCUUAAAAGUGUCUUUGAAGUCCCUGUUGAAAAUAAGAUCCAAACCCGAGUUCUUUCUGAAAUACUGGAGGAAGUACAAGCCUACAAGCCUGGUGCUGCAAAGGCACCUCCUUUGCCAGAGAGUUCAGACACAUCAUCAAAAAUAUGUGCCACGUUGCUACAUACACCUCUUUUAAAACAGCCUACUCCAGAAUUAAAAAAUACGCUUACUAUGCAUUUAGUUUCCAAAGCAGCUGAGAUAAAACGGAAUCAGAUACCAGACAUGGUGAACACAUCCUUACAGAACCGUGACCCUCGCCCCCAAGGGACUAUUUCAAAAGAUAACAGUUACCCGUUCUAUCUGAAACAUAUAAAAAUGAAUCUUAAGUCUCCAAAAGUUGAUACUAUACAGGCCAACUUAAAAAACAAUUAUGAAAGAGAUUUUUCUUCUCUCAGUUGUGUGAAGACACCUGCAACUAAUGUUUUAAGUAGCAAUAGGAAGGCCUUGACAGAACGAAAGGACAUCAAAAAGCAAGAAAGUGUAACACCAUUAGCAAGUUUGAGUAAUGUCCCCUUCAUUCAUGUUCUCAACAAGUUCUCAGAGAGAGAAAAGGACAACCUUCUUGGGCAUCUUUGUACAAAAACAGUGCAGAUACAAACAAUGGGCCUUCCCAGCAUAGCCACAAAAUCUUAUGCAAUAGCCAAUGGCCAGGAUAAAUCAAAACCCUUAUUUAAGUGCAUCCAUACUGCCACGAAAGGGCCAAAACGAACAAACCAAGUUUUAGUACUUUUUGAUGAAAAAUCUUUUUCUGAAAUUGACUGUGAUUUGCAACACAAAUACUUCCGCUCCCUCCCUAAGUCUUCUGUCACUGUGGUCUCUAUGCCAAAUGCACUUCCCAAACGCACUUCCAGGAUAAGUAAGGGUUCAGGUUCCAUAUGUAAAACAGUAGAUGGCAGUAAGGAAAGUAGUACUCUUUCCUUUGACAAGAAACUUUUACAACAUGUUUCUCUCCCAAAGAUAAUUCCACAAGAAAGCUCCUUAUGCUUCAGAAAAUUCCAGGAGCCAGCUAAUGUUCCUGACUUUUUCCCUGGCCUACGAGACACUGAUCAAAGUGAUCUAUUUCUUUCAGAUUUAAAAUUACAGAUGACACCAGAAAAAAAUAAAAAAUGUCAUGUAUGGUUUCAAGAAACCAGUGCAUACAAGCAUUCUGCUUCAGGAACUCAACAAAAUGCUGCUGAUUUAGCCAAUUCACUUUCAUCUUGGAUUUCUGAUGGGACGAAUGUCUCCCUAAAUACUGAGACUUCAACUGACACGGUAGAAUUUCAAGCUCCUGAAGAAAGUAACAGCGAGGAAUGUGUGUUUAUAGAAACCAAUCUUUACUUAACUCAGGAUUCACAAAGUUUUCUCUCUGAGGUACCUAAAGACAUUUCAUUGACAGAUAUUCCCAUAGGCGAUAAAGAAACUUACUUGAAACCAUUUUCCCAUAAAGAUCCAAAUGACAGCCAUACAAGAACCCACAGACAACAUAUCUUCCCUGUGGCACAACCUUUCUAUCAGUCUCAAAAUAGCAGGAAAUGUAGGUCUAACUCCAAAAUGCAGCCUCCUGACUGGUUGUCUCACAGUUCAUCCAGUACUGUAGAAAUAGAGUCUACAUCAUCUUCCAUCAUGUUCAGUGAUGAAAAGCAUUGGACUAAGACCACAUGGAGAAGAACAAGCUACUCUUUAACCUCUUCAACAACAGAAUCAAGUAUUAAAUUGAGUCUUGCAAAAACCCAUGGCAAGUCUCACAUGUAUCCACAACUCAAGGAUAGAAAUAAGGCUAGAUCUGAUUUAUGGAAAAAGUCCAGACUCUACCAGAACUCACAUUACAGCCACUUACGCAGUAAAGAGAAGCAGACAAAGAAGAAGAGACAAACCAAUCAGAUGCCAGAGCCAAAUGCUCAUUGGCAGAACAUCCAAUUCUAUUCAGAAAGAAGAGAAAACCAGCCCUUUUUUUAUGUCUGUGUACCAGCAGACUCAAUGGAUGUUAUUCCCAAAACCGUUCGCUGGGUUAUUCCCAAAAAAUUUUUAGGGAAGAGAAACUUCCAAAUUCCUCAAGUGGCAAAUAUUUCAAAACCUUGGAAUUUAUGGAGUUCAUCCAAAAAGUUGUUGGGGUCACUUACUGGGGCCUUUAAUGCAAUCCGUUAUGGUUAG